AUGUCUAGUCCCGCGAAGAAGCGCAAGAGGGAUACCCAGCCCACGCGCAGCAUCGCGUCAUUCUUUCAGGGCCAAGCGGCCAAAAAGGCUGAGCAGACAGAGCAAUCAUCUCCCCCGGAAGACGGCGAACAACAUUUUUCUGAUGAGGCCCUCGCUCGGAAGCUUCAAGCUGAAUGGAACAACGAACAAGAACCCGCAACUCCCGAGCCUCCUGCGACGGUACCUCCGACCGCUGCAUCACCCUCUCCAGAGCAGGAUCGAGAACGGAAGAAGGCCAAAGCCGGAGUGCUCUCACUGCAGUCAUCUACAGGGGCAGAAGACACGAUAUCGCUCACAGUUCCUCUCGAUGAAAAUCCUCUAGUGUUUAAUUCCUUCAGAUACGCCCAAGAAUUGAAAGCGCACUGGUCGGCAGAAGGCGGGGAUGCUUCGUAUGCUCUUCUCACUAGAGCUUUUGUCCUGGCCAGCUCAACUACCAGCCGUAUAGCCAUCGUUGGUAUACUAGUUAACGUUCUUCGCGUUAUAAUCGAAGGAGAUCCAACAAGCGUACUCCCCGCAGUAUGGCUAGCAACAAACUCAAUAUCACCGCCGUACCAUGAACUUGAGCUCGGACUUGGUGGGUCUGUGAUAUCCAAGGCUUUUAAGAAGAUAUACGGCUUGAAUAGCCAAGGGCUCAAAUCGUUAUAUGAUCGUCUUGGAGAUGCUGGGGAUGUCGCGUUCGAGGCCAAAAAGAGGCAGAGCUUCACCUUGGUAAAGCCCAAACCACUGAGCAUCAAGGGAGUCUAUCAAUCUUUGACAAAGAUUGCCAUGAGCAAAGGCAACGGUAGUCAAAACAUGAAGGAAAGUAUUGUGAAUAAAUUAUUGCAAGACGCCCGGGGCCCGGAGGAGGCUCGCUAUGUCGUAAGGACCCUGGUUCAAAACCUGCGCAUCGGCGCCGUCAAGACGACUAUGCUCAUUGCGCUCGCCAGAGCUCUUUUACUCUCCAAACCGGAGGGUGCAAGCUUUAAUGUUCAUUCUCAACACGACCUAGCUCGUCUCAAGAAGGAAGAACUCACAGAAGUCUACAACAAUGCGGAGGAAUUGGUCAAGGCAUCUUAUGCCAGACAUCCGAAUUACAAUGACCUCGUACCUUGCCUCCUCGAGAUUGGAGUCUCUGAGGAACUUCUUGUACGGUGUGGGUUGCAGAUCCAUACCCCGUUGAUGCCAAUGCUGGGCAGCAUUACUAGGGAUCUGUCCGAAAUGUUGACCAAACUUCAAGGACGAGACUUCACCUGUGAGUAUAAGUACGAUGGGCAACGUGCCCAGGUGCAUUGUGAUGAGACAGGAAAAGUCUCGAUAUUCUCGCGUCAUCUAGAGCAAAUGACCGAAAAAUACCCCGACCUCGUGUCUCUUGUUCCUCAAAUACGAGAAGGCGUUUCUAGUUUCAUCCUUGAGGGUGAAGUGGUUGCGGUAGACCAGAAUGGGGAGCACCAACCUUUCCAAACCCUGACAAACCGGGCGAAGAAGAAUGUGGAAAUCGGUGCAAUCUCGAUCAAUGUCUGUUUGUUUGCAUUUGACUUGAUGUACCUGAACGGUACGCCUCUGCUGGAUCGGUCUUUGCGCGAGCGAAGGGAAUUGUUACGAAGUCUCUUUGUGCAGAUUCCGAACCGGUUUACCUGGGUUAAAAGCCUUGAUGCUACGUCGGCCGACUCUGAGACCGUUCUGGAUUUCUUCAAGAGUGCCACUGACAGCAAAUGCGAAGGUAUAAUGGUCAAAGUGCUUGACAAUGCGCCUGUCAAAUCGGCCACGGCCAGCUCCAACUCCACGAACACGCCAAACACACCAAACACACCAGCAGAAGUCAAGGAAGUGAAGAAAGGAGGUCGUCGAAAAGAGUUGCUGUCUUCAUAUUCGCCGGAUCAGAGACGGGAGAGUUGGCUCAAGGUGAAGAAGGAUUACAGCGCAUCAUCAGAGACAUUAGAUCUCAUUCCCGUGGCCGGGUGGCAUGGCAAUGGCCGAAAAGCCAAAUGGUGGUCCCCGAUUCUCCUCGCUGUCCGCAACCCUGAAACAGGCGGCCUUGAAGCCGUGACAAAGUGCAUGUCCGGCUUCAGCGAUAAAUUCUACCAAGCAAACAAGGACAAGUACGAGCAGGGUAGUCCGAAUGUCAUCUCCCGGCCCAGCUAUGUCGAGUACAAUGGUGAGCCGGACGUGUGGUUUAAUCCCCAAGAGGUCUGGGAGAUAGCAUUUGCCGACAUUACGCUCAGUCCGACCUAUAUCGCUGCUAUUGGGUUAGUGAGCGAUGAGCGCGGUCUCAGUCUCCGUUUCCCACGAUUUCUCAAAGUCCGAGAGGAUAAAUCAAUUGAUGAGGCCUCUACGGCGGACUACCUUGCGUUGCUGUAUAGGAAGCAGUCAGAACGGGCACGGAUUGAGGAAACUGCGAAUGCAGAUCAGGUUGUAGAAUUGGCAGAGUAG